AUGACCACGCUAUUGCCGCACGUAUCGCUACGCAACAAAAAAACAAACACCCUCACCUUCUGCCAUGCCACCACUGCUUCUUUGCUUUUCUUACUCUUCUUCUAUAUAAAAUCCCCACAAGCACCCCUUUCUAAAAAUUGCCACUAUCAUUCCUCUUGGCCAGAAACAAAGAGAGAAAAAUCUCCGAGUACAAGGUGGUGCUUAGCUAAACUUUGCUACAAGGUGGUGGUUGUGAGGAACAACAUGGCCACAGGAUCUGCCGAUGGGUUCUUCCGUUAUGUCUAUGACGGAUGUCUCUCCGGUGGGGACCUGGGUAUUGAUCGCAGGCCAUACCAUCGCAAUUGCAGAUGUGCACUUCACAAAUCGAAAGAGAAUUGUCCACAUGCAAUGCCAAGGUGUAAAAAUGUGUCGUAUCCAAUAAAGAGGUCUUGGAGUGAAGGAAGUUUGGCUUUGAUGGUUGCUAACUCUUCUUCUUCCUGUCAUUCCUCUCCAUCUUCUUCACCUUCUUUACAAGCAGGGAAGAGUACUACUACUCCUUCUCAUCAAAGGAGGUUAAGUCACGAUCUUGAAGACCAAGUUGGUUCUUUUAAGGUCUGA